AGUAACAUAAAGUCAGCCCACACGGCAACAUUUGCUACCAAAGUAACAUCAUAUCAGUUAGUCGCUAUCAUAAAUUGAGGUACUGAGGUAUUCAGGUACUCAGGUACAGGUUGUUUUAUAUUUCCCAUGGAAUAAAAAGCAUUACCUAUAACUACAACCACUACAACGUCUCUCCUCCAGUACAAGGUAAAGCUUCUUUUACCUCUACCUCUUCCACGAGCGCAAUCACGAGCGCGAUCACGACCGCUGCCACUAGUACUCGUACCUCGUUCACCUGAUCAUUAGUGAACAUCACUCAGUGCAGUGCAGUGCUCUUACAAUUAAUUUAUUAAUUAAUUAAUUACUAAUCACCAUAUCAGCAUCGGUUAAAUUUAAUGAUAAAAAUAAAAUGACGUUUGUUAAAUUUUACGAGACUUUAAUAAUCUUCAAUUAAUUAAUUAACUACAUACUAAAAUUAAUAUUUUUAAUUACUUGACAUAAUUUACAAUGGGUUACGACGAGUUGCAGGAGGACAGUGUUAAUGCGGAGAUGUGGCUCACUACCGCAGAAGCCGCGAGUCUCGGAGCCGAGGAAGUCGCGGCAAAGUUCCAGGUCGACCCUAGAACUGGUCUCUGGUGGCAGGAAGCCGAUGCGAGGAGACAGAGAUAUGGAUACAAUGAGCUCACUGUCAAGGAAGAUGAUCCCACGUGGAAGAAAUAUAUCGAACAAUUCAAAAAUCCUUUGAUUCUUUUGCUAUUGGGCUCGGCACUAGUGAGCGUUUGUAUGAAACAAUUCGACGAUGCCGUCAGUAUCACAGUAGCGAUAAUAAUUGUCGUUACGGUGGCAUUCGUUCAAGAAUACCGCUCGGAAAAAUCAUUGGAGGAGUUGAAUAAAUUGGUGCCGCCAACAUGUCAUUGUUUGCGCGAAGGUCGAGUGGAAAGUUUCCUCGCCCGCAAUUUAGUUCCCGGCGAUAUCGUUUUUUUGAAUAUCGGCGACCGAGUUCCCGCCGACAUUAGAAUAUUCGAAGCGAUAGACCUGGCGAUUGACGAGUCCAGUUUCACUGGAGAGACGGAGCCGUCGCAAAAGUCGACGGCUCCGCUGCUGAAGAGCAACGGCCACACGUCAAAGCGCAACAUCGCGUUCAUGGGAACACUAGUGCGCUGCGGAAAUGGCAAAGGAAUCGUAAUAAACACCGGAGAGAAGUCCGAGUUCGGAGAAGUCUUCGCGAUGAUGCAGGCCGAGGAAGCGCCCAAAACUCCUCUUCAGCGCAGCAUGGACAUUCUCGGCACCCAGUUGUCCUUCUACAGCUUCUGUAUAAUCGGGGUGAUAAUGCUGCUCGGUUGGUUCCAGAACCGCGCGCUCUUGGAGAUGCUCACAAUCGGAGUCUCUCUCGCGGUAGCGGCUAUUCCAGAAGGGCUUCCGAUUGUCGUCACAGUAACUCUGGCCCUGGGAGUCAUGAGAAUGGCCAAGCGCAAUGCCAUCGUAAAGAAACUCCCUACCGUUGAAACUCUCGGGUGCGUAAACGUAAUUUGUUCCGACAAAACCGGAACCAUUACCAAGAACGAAAUGACUGCCACGAUAAUGAUCACCCCGGAGGGAUACAUCGCAGACAUAACUGGCACCGGGUACAAUGACCAGGGAGAAGUGAGGAUCAGGAAGUGCGACAACAUGGAUCUCGCCCGUUCCGCAGUCACAAAUCUUCUUGAGGUCGGCAGUGUUUGUAACAACGCGAUCAUACAGAACGACACGCUUCUAGGACAGCCGACUGAAGGUGCGUUGGCCGCUGCUGCGAUGAAGUACGGGAUGUAUGGGGUCGCUGAAAAAUACUUGAGGCUUCAGGAGUAUCCAUUUUCAUCGGAGCAAAAAAUGAUGGCUGUUAAGUGCGCGCCGAAGUACACUGAAGAUCGUGAGGAAAUUUUUUUUGCCAAGGGAGCGAUUGAAAAAAUUCUUGCCCAGUGUACCAAGUACUCGGCAAAUGGACAACUGUACCAACUGAACCAGAAAAAAGAAAAAGAAUUCGCGACAGAGGCUUACGAAAUAGGACAGCAGGGUCUCAGAGUACUGGGACUCGCCAGAGGGUCAUCGCUCCAGGAUCUUGUCUACGUGGGACUGAUCGGGAUCUGCGAUCCUCCGCGCGAGGGAGUUCGCGAGGCGAUUUCUCUGCUGUUCAACAGCGGGGUCAAAGUUAAAAUGGUCACUGGAGACGCAAAAGAAACCGCGGGCGCGAUCGCGAAUAUGAUUGGGCUGGACACGAUGCACAUGCGGUUGGUUUCCGGUGACAAAAUCGACACGAUGACUGAAGACGAGCUUCAGGAAAUAAUUGACAACGUCAGUGUGUUCUAUCGCGUCACCCCCAAGCACAAGCUCAGCAUCGUCAAGGCGCUGCAGAGAAACGGGAACAUCGUCGGCAUGACCGGUGACGGCGUCAAUGACGGAGUCGCUCUGAAAAAAGCGGAUAUCGGUAUCGCCAUGGGGAAAAAUGGUACCGAUGUGUGCAAAGAAGCCGCCGAUAUGAUUCUAGUCGACGAUGACUUCAAAACGAUUAUUUCCGCGAUUGAAGAGGGAAAGGGAAUUUUUUAUAAUAUCAGAAAUUUUGUGAGGUUCCAACUGAGUACCAGCAUCUCCGCUCUGGCUCUCAUAGCCCUGGCCACAAUGAUGAGUAUUCCGAAUCCUCUCAAUGCCAUGCAGAUUCUCUGGAUCAAUAUCAUCAUGGACGGGCCACCUGCUCAAAGUCUGGGAGUUGAACCAGUAGACAAAGACGUCCUGAGACAAAAGCCCAGAGAUACUAAGGAGCCGAUGAUUACACGGAGUCUAAUUAUAAACGUAUUAUUAUCAGCGGCUAUUAUUAUUCUGGGAACUCUUUGGGUGUAUAAUCGCGAGAUGACCUCCAAUGGAAUUACCGCCCGAGACACCACGAUGACAUUCACGUGUUUUGUGUUCUUCGACAUGUUCAAUGCGCUAAGCUGCCGAUCACAAACAAAGUCGAUAUUCAGCAUCGGGCUACUGAGCAAUAGAAUGUUCCUAAUUGCUGUAACUUUGUCUGUUGUGGGACAAAUGCUUGUUAUUUACUUUCCGCCGCUGCAAAAAGUGUUUCAAACUGAAGCACUUACAGCUAAAGACUUAGUAUUUUUAACGGCAUUAACAUCCAGCGUGUUCAUAAUAAGUGAACUAAAAAAAUUACUGGAGCGUCAGUGGGAGCGAAGACGAUCAUCAGGAUGGAAUUACCAGGAGAAGAAGAAGAUUUCGACAGUUGCGAAAAUAAAAAAAGGGAAAAAAGUUCGUGGGAAAAAGUAAUGAGUGCAUGGACACAUGACGCGCAUGAUCUUCAGCAUUUACUUCUGUAAAUAAAUAUAAUAUUUGUAAUAAUAAUGAUAACAACAACAACAACAUCCACAACAACAACAACAACAACUUUGAUAACACAAAUACUUGAUUGAUAACAUGCUGGAAAAGGUCUAGUCUUAUCGCCCGUCAACGCGAUACCGGAUUAUUAUUUACUUAUGAAUAAUAAUAAUACUAAUAAUGAUCGAUACGAAAAAUUGAUCAAGUUGAUGAGUAAGUUGACUGUGCUCCGGAAUAAUUAUUUGUUUAUUAUUCCUGUAAUUGUUUUAAUCAUGAGCAUUGAUCGACUAUGACGCUUUAUCGAAUCACACAUUUCAUCGUACAUUUCAUUUUUUUUUAUAUUUAUGGAUUUAAUGAGAUUUUUUCAUCGAGCAUGUAAUCCAAGCACGUGUCGAUUUUACAUUUUACAGUGGGGUGUGCGGACAGUUCGAUUUUAUUGAUAUUGAGGUUUAAUUUUAAUUCGGUGACUUUAAUUUUCUAAUGGUUUUGAGAGUUUUGAUUGGUCGGUUUCUUAAGUAUGCGAAUUUGAAUUAUAAUUGAAGGAAUUACUCAAGAUUUUAAAUUAAUUCGAUGUUAUCAAAGUUUUAAUUAUUCGAAUUAUUCGAAAUUUCAAAUUAUUCGGAUUACUCACAAUUUGCAACUAUUCGAAUUAAUCAAAAUUUCAAAUUAUUCGAAUAAUUCAAAUCUCCAAUUAAUCGAAUUAUUGAAAAUCUCCAAUUGUUCGAAUUAUUCAAAGUUUCAAAUUAUUCGAAUUAGUUAAAAUCUCCAAUUAUUAGAAUUAUUCGGUUUCAAAUUAUUUGAAUCAAUUGAAAUUUUUGAUU